UCUGGAACCCUACCUGCGCUGUCCCCGGACCCCUUGCCUCGGCCCACGGCCAGGGUCGACAGAGGCGCCAAGCAGGCGGGCAGGCAGUUGAGGAAGAGGAAGCUGGGGCAGAGUUGGGUCACCCUGCGGUUCCCAGGGGCCCCGACCGGCCAGUGCUCCCCCUGGGCCUCCUGGAAGCCUUAGCCAUGAGUCUUGGGGGCUGCAGGAGCUGGUAGCCAGCCGGGCCGGGGUUCCCACAGCAGCAAAGACAAGCCUCCCUCUGGUUCUGAGCCCAAGCCGUGUGUCCAGCCCUUUGACUCUGGAGCUGCAGCCUCAGCCACCGAGAGCAGCGGCGGACCCUGGAGGCCCGAGCACCCAGACUUCCCCAGCAUGGAGGACGAGCAGGAGGAUGGUAUUCCCCAGUUCCGCGACAGCUUGGAGGACCUCAGCCUGGAUCUGGGAGCCCUGCAGGGCAGCGAGUAUCUCCAGGACCUGGGCCUUGGGGCCUUUGCCGACAGCCAGCCAGAGGGGCCCAGGGACAGUGGCCUCACCAGCGAAGAGGCCGGAGGAGAAUCCACGCUCUCCAGCUCAGCAGAGCCGCAGACCCUGCCUCGGAGACGCAGCUGGGAGAGGUCACGGAGCUGCUCUGAGAGCUGGGAAAGGCUCAGCUUCAGUGCCUCGGCUAUGAACGAGGGGCCCUGUCUCCCUCGGACACUGGCCAGCCUUGCUCUGAACCAGCCAGGAGAGGAUCUGCAGGCCUGGACCAAAGAGUGUCUGUCCAGGGCUGGGACCCCAGCAGAGCACCCAGGCAAGGAAUGUGACAGCCCUGAGAAAAGAGUGAGGUCACGGUCGGUUCCCCUGUCCUUCGAUGAGAUCAGCUCCCUGGAAAUCUCUCGGGCUUUGGAGGUGCCCACUCCAGCUCCUCAAGGCCUGGCGCCCCCGGUGCUGGAGUGCAUGGAGAAGGACCACGUGGAACCAGAGCAUGUGCUGAUUGUCCAGCAGGUGCUUGAAGAACUUCGACAUUACCACGGGGCUCGGCAGAGAGCUCGUUUGUCCGUCAGCCCUGCAGGAGGCCACUCAAACCUCACCUGGUUUGAGUUCCUGUCUGAGAGCGAGGACGGUGCCAGCAAGACUGAGCGGAGUGACAGGAGCACCAGGGUGAAGCGCAGACUGAGCUCCCUGCGCUGUCGGGUCACCAGGCAGAAGGAGAAGGGGAAGAACCCAACGCCUGCAAAGGACAAGGGUCAGGAUGCUAGAGAGAGGAAGGAAUGUAUCAAUGGGCACCAGCUGGCGCAGGGAACCUUCCUCGGCCACCCCAGCUGCCCCCUGUGUGGCAAACCCUUUCUGAGCUCUGCGUCCCUAAAGGAGCACCCGAGGGCCACCCUCGUGUCCGAUGGCAGCUCUGCCCUGUCCAGGAAUGUCGGCAUGACGGUCUCACAGAAGGGGGGGCCACAGCCAGCACCCAGCCCGGUGGGAACGGGGACACAGCUUGGACCAGUCACAGGAGAAAUGGAUGAAGCCGACUCUGUGUUUUUAAAAUUUAAGCAGGCAGCCGAUGACUCUCUCUCACUUACAUCUUCGAAUGCCGAGCCCAUUUUUGUAGAAGACCCCUGCACAGCCUCGCUAAGGAGUGAGAUCGAGUCAGACGCCCGUGAGUUUGAGGCGGAGUCCUGGAGCCUUUCCGUGGAUGCAGCGUACGCAAAGAAACAAAAGAGAGAGGUGGUCAAGAGGCAGGAUGUGCUCUAUGAGCUGGUGCAGACGGAGGCUCACCACGUACGGACACUCAAGAUCAUGCUGAAGGUCUACUCCAGGGCCCUGCAGGAGGAGUUGCAGUUCAGCAGCAAGGCCAUCAGCCGCCUCUUCCCAUGUGUGGACGAGCUGCUCGACAUACACAGCCACUUCCUCUCUCGGCUGAAGGAGCGACGCCAGGAGUCCCUGGAGGAGGGCAGCGACCGCAACUACGUCAUCCAGAAAAUCGGGGACCUCCUGGUGCAGCAGUUCUCUGGCGAAAAUGGGGACAGAAUGAAAGAAAAAUAUGGUGUCUUUUGUAGUGGCCACAAUGAGGCGGUCAAUCAUUACAAGUUGCUGCUGCAGCAAAACAAGAAAUUUCAAAGCUUGAUCAAGAAAAUUGGCAACUUUUCCAUCGUGAGGCGGCUUGGCGUGCAGGAGUGUAUCCUUCUGGUCACUCAGCGCAUAACCAAAUACCCCGUGCUGGUGGAGCGCAUCAUUCAGAACACAGAAGCUGGCACAGAGGACUAUAGAGACCUCACCCAGGCCCUGAACCUCAUCAAGGACAUCAUCUCCCGAGUGGAUGCCAAGGUCAGCGAGUGUGAGAAAGGCCAGCGCCUCCGGGAGAUCGCAGGGAAGAUGGACUUGAAGUCCUCCAGCAAGCUCAAGAACGGACUGACCUUCCGUAAGGAGGACAUGCUGCAGCGGCAGCUUCAUCUGGAGGGCACGCUGUGCUGGAAGACCACGUCGGGACGCUUGAAAGAUGUUCUUGCUGUCCUGUUGACCGAUGUGCUUUUGCUGCUACAAGAAAAGGAUCAGAAAUAUGUCUUUGCGUCUGUGGACUCGAAGCGCCCGGUCAUCUCGUUACAAAAGCUCAUCGUGAGGGAAGUGGCCAACGAGGAGAAAGCCAUGUUUCUGAUCAGCGCCUCCCUGCAAGGCCCGGAGAUGUACGAGAUCUACACCAGCUCCAAAGAGGAGAGGAACACUUGGAUGGCCCACAUCAGAAGGGCUGUUGAGAGUUGUCCGGACGAGGAGGAGGGGCCCUUCAGCGAGGCCGAAGAGGAGAAGAAGGGUCUGGAGGCUCGCGCCCUGAGACUGAGGGACUUCCAAGAGCGAUUGAAUGUGAAAGACCAGCAGAUUGCACAGAGCCUUGGCGAGAAGCAGCAGAUCUACCUGGAGAUGGCGGAGAUGAGUGGACUGGAAGACGUUGCACAGUCACGACUCCUCUUCCGAGGAGGGGAUCCCUCCGAGACCAUGCAAGGAGAACAGAUCCUCAAAUCAGCCAUGAGUGAGAUCGAGGACAUCCAGACCCUGAUCUGCAGGCAGCUGGGCAGCGCCAAUGGCCAGGCGGAAGACGCCGGAGGUUCCUCAGGCCUGCCCCGCAGGGCAGAGACCUUUGGGGGCUAUGACACAGUGAGCAGCCCCAGCAAGAAUGGCAUUUUGAAGAAGACCUGCAGCAGCGACCCCAGCCCCCGAGACUGGCAAGGCCCAGUGAGCAGCCCAGACUUGAAGCCCAGCAACACCUUGGGGGCCUCUGAGGAGGCCCCACCUGCAGGCCCGGUGCCGGGUGCGGAGUGCGGCCCUCAUCUGCCUGCUGUCCUGGAGUUGGAGCUCGUCCAGCGGAUCCAGACCCUGUCCCAGCUGCUCCUCAGCCUCCAGGCAGUCAUCGCCCAGCAGGACAGCUACGUGGAGAUGCAGAGGGCCUCCAUCCAGGAGCGUGAGAAGCAGCUCCGGCUGCAGUCCACGCGCGGGAACAUGCUGCUGGAGCAGGAGCGUCAGCGCAACUUCGAGAAGCAGCGGGAGGAGCUGGCCGGCGUGCAGAAGCAGCAGGGCCGCCUGCGGCUGGAGCAGCAGCGCUGGGAGCGGGAGCGGGAGCGCCAGCAGCAGGAGCUGGACCUGGCCGCUGCCCGGCUGCAGCGGCGCGAGAAUGAGUCACUGCAGCUGCAGGAGCAGCUCAGCCAGGAGCGCGAGAAGCUGGAGCAGCAGCGCCGGGCCUACCAGCACGACCUGGAGCGGCUGCGGGAGGCCCAGCGCGCCGUGGAGCGCGAGCGCGAGCAGCUGGAGCAGCAGCGGCGCCUCAAGAAGCAGAACACGGUGCCCGGGGCCCUGCCACCCGACUCGCUGGCAGAGGCCCAACCCCCAAGCCACACUCCCAGCUUCAAUGGGGAAGGGCUGGAAGGGCCCACCACCCUCGCCAAGGCGCCAGGGCCCCGGGUGAGCGUGCUGCUGUCCGGCUCGGGCCCCGAGUUCACGGAGCGCCCUGAGGUGGCCCGCCGGGACAGCGCCCCGACAGAGAGCCGGCCAGCCAAGAGCGACGUGCCCAUCCAGCUGCUCAGCACCACCAACCAGAUCCAGAGGCAGGCGGCCGUGCAGCAGCAGAUCCCCACCAAGCUGGCGGCGUCCACCAAGGGCGGCAAGGACAAGGGCGGCAAGAGCAGGGGCUCCCAGCGCUCAGACAGCUCAGCCUCGUUUGACCUGAAGCAGCAGCUGCUUCUCAGCAAGCUCAUGGGCAAGGACGAGAACGCGUCUCGGAACCGCCGCUCACUGAGCCCCGUCCUGCUCAGCAGCCACAGCAGUGUGGCCCCCCCAGACCCCUGCUGCCCAGCCCCACCCGACGUCCCCGCCGAGGGCUGCUCCCUCAAGCCUGGGGGGGGCCCUGUGCCCCCCUCCCCCUUGCCACUGCCCACCACCCCGCUCAGCAAGGAAGAAAGCAGCAAGGAAGACGUCAUCUUCUUCUAGAGGGGUGUGGCUCAAAGGACAGACCCCUCCCUGUACUGCUCUCUGGGCACAGCCCAGUUGUCCCUCUCAUCCCGAGCAAACCACCACCACCGACCGCCUGGCUGGGGCCAAGGCCAGGGCCAGGGCUGGCCCGUCGUCUCGAGGCUCUUUCUGUAGGAUUAGCAGUGGUGCCUGGGUAACUUUCUAAGCCUCUUUUUUUUUUUUUAACACAAAAACGAAAGUUUUUAAUGGAAGGUUGAACCAGAGCUAACCCAAGGAGCUGUGUCUGGUCGUAGCACCCGUGUGGGUAGGGAGAGAUGGACUCCAUCCGUUUUCCAAGGUAGUGACAGACAGUGGUGUCUCCGCAAGUGGCCUGAUGACCGGCCAGACCCCAGUCUGAGGAGGAGGUCCUGGCCCUGGGCCAGGCUCCAGAGCCACCCGGGGCCGCUGGAGCAUGUCAUUAGGGCCCCAGAAGGGGCUGGGUGGUGUCAGCAGAAUCCGCUUCCAAAGCAGACUCACCUGUGUCCGCCUGAACCUCACGGCCAGGGCAUGAGCUCAGAGAAGCGGUGGCACACGACCCGCCUGGGAACACGAGGCCAUGGGGCGGGGCGUAUGAAGAGGACGGCCAGUGGCACAGUAGACAGGUUCUGUGGGUUCUGGAAGGGACAGACCCUAACCCAUUUUAUUGUGACAGAGGUUUGUGAAACCUGCUGUUGCCAAACUUGGUGCUUUCCAAAGGCACCUCACCACGUUGGCAUGAUUCUGUGGGGUUCAAGAGCGUUAGGCAGGGCCAGCACGCACCUGAGGGUCCCGGCCUGAGGCAGAGGGUCCUCAGCCCCCAUGAGAUGGGCUGAUUUUCCUGGGGCUGCAGGGAGGAGGUCCCCAGGGCAGGUGUCCCUCCUGGAUGGUCUGGUGCUGGGUCGAGGAGCAGAGCGGUGGAGCCACCAUGUUGUGGCUGAUAAGAGGGAGAUGCCCGAGGGGUCACAGAUGGCCUGGAGGCCUCCGAUGGCUGUGGGUGCCUCGUGUCCAGUGAGCGACGCUAGCUUACUGUCAGCGUCCCCUCGAGGGCCAGGGGCCGCCGGUGCAGCCGCACAGCUCUGGGUGUUGGGGACUGUGUCGGGUGUCUAGAGCCGGCCGAUGGGUCAGAUCCACGCCUCAGCUCUGGAGGCACUCCAGCGCGGGGCGGGGCGGGGCGGGGGAGUGGGGAUACUCCAGCCUUUGCACCCCAGGCUCCCCCGCUGAGCCCAGAGCCCAGUCCAUCCCAAAGCGUUGGUGGGAGGACUGGGGGCCCUCGCUGACCAGGGCCAGGGGCAUCGGCCACAAGGAACUGAAAGCAGUUCGGAAGCUUCCCAAGCCCGGCCCCUCCCCUCCCCUGCCCUCCGCUCUGUCCUGGGGGGCUGCGGCAUCCACGCAUCCUCGGGGAGCCAGGAGAGGUGUCCCCCCUCGGUCCUGUGAUGCGUCAGAGCUCAUCUGUGCCAUGUCUAGAAUCAGUGUUUGUGUUUUUGUACCGGCACGUAUCCGAGCACUUUAGCAAAGUGGACAUUAAGUUCCUGUCCUGUUGUGAAGAGAACAUUCCUGGGCCCUCGUGCCGGGUGAUUUCACCGCCACGCGCCCCUGUCUGCGGGCUCCAGUCUGACCCUCCGAGACGCCACGAUUCCCCAGACGAUUGCGAGUCCGAGGAAUUUCUGCUUGGCCAUGUGGCAGGAAUGGGGGCGUCCCACUCGGGGCCCCGCAGCGCGGCCGUGUUGACCCAUCUCUCGCCCGUGCGAGGUCACUCCUGAGUAGAGCCCAAUUUUAUUUGUCUGGUUGGUGGUUGAGCAGAUAAUCCUAUUUCUGUGGAACCUGUGCACGUCUUUAAUUGUGACCAUAAUCUUAGUCCACCCGACAAUUAUUUUUACGAUGAUUGCAGCAUUUCCUUGCCGUGGGGUCUUUCAGAACCGCCUUAGAACUUAAGAUCUGAUUUCAGCAAUAAAAACGUCGAAGAUGA